GCUGCCUCUGCCAUUCUGAAGCACCAGCCAGGGAUGAGACGGAGCAGGACUGAACUAGGAGAGUGUCCUGAAAUGUUCAUUAAAUUCACCGGCUGGAUUUGGAAGCUGAUUUGAUCCGAAAUGUGGUGGAUUCCUCUAGUUUUUCUGACAGUAUGGUCAUCUACUGCAGCCAUCAAUGUAGAGAUCCCUAAAGCAGCGUAUGAGUUUGCCCGAGGAGACAACAUCACACUUCCCUGCACAUUUCAAAGUGUUCUAUCCCAAAUACCCCUGGCCAUAAUCUCUUGGUCUGCUGCAGAUAACCUGAUACUUACCCACUAUCAUCCCCAAGGAAUCACAGACAUCAAGAGAAAAUAUGAAGGACGGGUGACUGUAGAUGUUAAAAUUAAUGGAGCUUCUGGGAAAGCUGACCUUAAGCUUUCCUCCAUCACACUAGAUGACAACAAGGAAUUUGACUGUGAAGUUCAGAUCCCCUCAGAUGAUGAGGGAAAAUCGAUUGAUGCAACACGUUUGACUGUUCUAGUGGCUCCAUCUCCUCCCAUCUGCAAGAUAGAAGGUAAAGCAGAAUACGGCCAAAACAUCAACAUCACCUGUUACUCUGAGGAAGGGUCUCCUCCUCCCACUUACAAAUGGGAGAGUCGUGAUGUUAGUAACACGCUUCAGGCUCCAUGGCCAAGAACCACUGACAACGGAGGGACCCUGUCCCUAUAUAACAUCUCCAAAGAAACCUCUGGAUUCUACGUCUGCACAUCAAGCAACAAAAUUCGUUCUGCUACCUGUAACAUAACGCUCACAGUCAUGCCACCAUCCAUGAAUGUUGGUCCAGUUGCACGGAUCAUUACAGGAGUUGUUUUGGCUUUGAUCUUAUUCAUCGUUAUUAUCGAAUACUGUUGCUGCCAAAAGAAGGACAAGGACAAUGAAGAAUAA